ACGGGGGAAAAGAGUAAUCUUCACCAAGCCUUUUUUUUCUAUUUCUAAAAAAGAGCAUCAUUUUAAUUUGUGUUCUUUAAAAUAAUUUCCUACUGGAAUGGAACUUCUCUCUAUAAAAGUGAAAAAAGGAAGGUUGAAUGAAGCAGCUGGUGCAUUCCACACCUAUGUUGUUUUAAAAGUCCAAAAUUUAAAAAGCACUACAAUAGACAGAAGAGGAAGUCAACCAUGCUGGGAACAGGACUUCCUGUUUGAAAUCAGUGCUGAUGAAAAGGGAUUCAUUAUAGAGUUGUGGAAGAAAGGCUUGCUCUGGGAUAGCAUUUUAGGUGUUUUGUGGAUUCCCCUUGCAACUGUGGAACAUGCAACAGAUGAAGGCCCAGGCGCUUGGUGGACAUUGCAUUCUGAAGUCGUAAAAAGUGGAAACGAGAUCCAUGGCACAAAAACACCGACUUCGCAUGAGAUCCUACUGGAUGUCUACUUUGCAUUACCAUUUGAUAUCCACGAAGAUUUCGAUUGUAGAGGCAAUCAAAGAAAGGCUCCCCUCCAAGACACAACUCAUUCACAUCAAGAUACACAUGGUAACCUGUCAUCCAUGGACAGUGGUCUCAACAUGAAAGAAAACAAACUGAGGACUGACAUUCUGUUGCAGAGUUGAAAAUUAAGGUGACAAGUUAUUCAGCAGCUCUGCUUGGAGUAAUCUGAAGAACUCUGUAGA